AUGCAGCAAGCCGGUCAGGCGGACGACCUCCUCGCCCAGGGCACGGCCGCGUACCACAGCAAGAUCAAGGACGAGGUGGGCGGCGUCUUGCCGCCGCUCGAAAUUCGCUUCACGGACCUCGCGCUCUCGGCCGACGUCCCGCUCAUGACGCGCCAAGAGCUGCCGACGCUCAUGAGCGACGUCACCUCGAUGGUGCGCGGUCUCUACCAGCCGUCGCGGACCGUGCGCAAGGACAUUCUGCACCCGAUGACGGGGACGCUCACGCCCGGGACGAUGACGCUCGUGCUCGGCCAGCCCCGGUCCGGCAAGUCGUCGUUCUUCAAGCUUUUGAGCGGCCAAGUCAAGACGACCAAGAGCCUUCGCAUGGACGGGCAGCUGACGUACAAUGGCGUCUCGGACAUGGGUCCCCACUUGGCGCGCUGGACGUCGUAUGUGGCGCAGCGCGACGUGCACUACCCGACGCUCACGGUGCACGAGACACUGUCGUUUGCGUCUCGCUGCGUCACGAGCCGCGAGCAGCUAGCGGCGGUGCCCGAGCACGCGACGCCGCUUCUGGCGUCGAUCGAAGCGGCGGCGCCGGACCUCGUGGCGCGCCAGCUGGGCCUCGCCCACUGCAAGGACACGGUCGUCGGCAACAGCAUGCUCCGCGGCGUCUCGGGCGGUGAGCGCAAGCGCGUGACGAUGGGCGAGAUGGAGUUUGGCUUCAAGCGCGCGUCGUUCCUUGACGAGAUCAGCACCGGCCUCGACGCCGCUGCCACGUUUGACAUCGUGUCGGCCCAGAAAAGCCUGGCGACCUCGCUCCAAAAGACGGUGGUGAUUGCGCUUCUUCAGCCAGCACAAGAUGUCUUUGAUCUCUUUGACAAUGUUUUGCUGCUCCACGACGGCUACACCUUGUACCACGGACCGCGCGACGCAUGCAUGCCCUACUUUGAGGCGCUGGGCUAUUCCUGCCCGCCGCACCGCGACGUGCCCGACUUCCUCGUCGACAUUGGAUCACCGGACCUGGAUGGACCGUCGCUGAGUGCCCGGGAGCUCGCCAGCGCGUUUUUGAGCUCGUCGGUCCAUGCGGCCAUGCUGGCGCGGAUGCAGCAGACGCCAUCGCUGCCGCCGCUCGCCCCCAUCGCGCCGUUUGCCGAGCCGUUUCUAUCGAGUACGAUGGCGAUUGCAUUGCGCCAGCUGCGCGUCUACCUCCGCAACGCCGAGUUGCUGCUCGCGUAUUGUCUACCUGAUGUGGACCUUGCGGGUCUCGUCGGCUUCCUCUUCAACUCGAUCUUUAUGCUCUUCAUGGGCUUUGCGCCGCCGGCGUCGCAGAUUCCGAGUGGCUUCCGGUGGCUCUACAGCGUUGUGCCACCCAAGUUUAGCAUGGCCAUUCUGGCUGCCGAGACGUUUGCCAAGUGCACGGAAGGCCACGAACUCGGCUGCAAGACGCUCGCGCACGUUCCGCCCAGUGUCCUCCAAGCGAUGGGCAAUGCCUCCAGCAUCACGCUCCAGGAGUACGUCGAGGGCGUGUACGAGAUGAAGUACGACGACGCCAGCACCAACACGCUCGCCACGCUCGGCUGGAUCGCCAUCAUCUUGGUCCUCAACGCGAUCGCGCUUCGCUUCGUCAACCACCAAAAGAAGUAG